AUGCCCGAAAAGCCUUGGUCUCGUAUGCAUGUAGAUCAUGCCAUCAACUUUCUAGAGCGUAAUUGGUUAGUAGUCGCUGAUGCAUACACUAAAUACCCAUGUAUCCAUACCACUACUUCAGUUUCCAGUAAGACUACAAUGGAUUUGAUAGAGGAAGAUUUUGCACAAUUUGGAUAUCCAUAUACCAUCAUGUCUGACAAUGCCACCUGCUUUACUUCUGAAGAAUUUCAAAACUACUGUAAGGAGAGAAGUAUUAUUCAUCUAACAAGAGCUUCCUAUCAUCCUUCAACGAAUGGAGCUGCUGAGCACUUGAUUCAGACUUUCCAGCAAGCAUUACGAAAGUGUUCCAAAAUACCUAAAGAAGCUUUGCUGGCAUUCUCGAUGCAAUUCAGGAGAACACCUACCACUAGUGGCUACUCACCAAGUGAAUUACUCAAGAGUUGUCAAUUAUGCACCAAGAUUGACAUCUUGCUUCCAUCUCCAGUUCAUUUGGCCCAAUCCAAAUUGAAAAGGACUACCGAGAGAGAUGUACUUAAAACUUCCAAUCAAUUUCAAGUUGGUGAUCCAUGCUAUGCUCUGUAUUUUGGACCAAAGAAAAACCAAGAUCUACGUUGGGUUCCAGCUAUAGCUGUGAAGAAACAAGGAACACGAACGUUUCAUGUUCAAGUUAUGCCUAGAGGUCCCAUUUGGAGACUUCAUCUAGAACAAUUGCAACUUCGAUAUUCUUCGGAAGAUGACCAAGAGCCGGGAGAUGAAGAAGAACCUGUUAGCUCAUCGUUAGCUCCGAGCAACAAUAACUCAAUUCCAGAAUACAGUUGUCAAUAUCCAAGAUCAACGAGAUGA